UCAAUCUUCCUCACCUCUGGCCUUUACCUUAACCUUUCUUUACUAAAUCAAAUGAAAUUUCCACAUAAAUUAGCCACCUUCCUUUGAUCAAUAAUUCACAAUCAAAAAAAUAUCUACCCAUUUUUUCUGAUCCAAUUCCACUUUCAAAACAAAUUUCAAGUAUGGAUCUUGAUGAGUGGGAAAUUCUUCCUCAUCAUGGUGGCUUUCUUGAUUACCAUGAAGAUGAUGAUCAUGGUGGCAAAAAGAAAAAAAGUUUUGCAUCAACCAAACAUGGAUCAAAUCAAAGAAGUAUGUUCAAUAUGAACUACUUUGUUUGCCCUUCUUCACCUCCAAAAAAUUCUAGACCAAGUCAGCAGCUUGUUCCAGUUCCAUUUCAGUUGGAACCUGCUCAAGAAUUGUGUUCUGAUAAAAAGCCUAUUGAUAUAAAGGUGGUAAUACCAUCUAUGAUCAUACCAGAGAUCAACGGCUCUGAUCAAGUUGCAGCUUCUUCAAAAGAAGCUGAAGCUGAUCAGGACCCGAUUUCUCAAGUUUUCUUCAAGAAAAUGAAGGAAAAUAAAUUUGUCGACAUGAAAUUGGACUCUCCUGAGUCCCCUACUAAAGGGUUUGUUCAUCCUCCUUCUCCUCAAAUCGAUGCGGCCCAGUUUAAAUUUGAAGAUAAAGGUGAGGUUUUGGAGAUUAAUAAGACUAAUUCUCCAAGAAUUGAGGAUCAAAAAGAGAAAAUUUGGGAAGGGGAUGAUGAUGAUGGUUUGAACUUAUGGAAAUGGAGCUUGAAUGGAAUUGGAGCUAUUUGCUCAUUUGGAGUUGCUGCUGCCACUGUUUGUAUAAUCAUUUUUGGUAGUCAGCAGAGGAACAAUCAGCAGAAACAUCAGAAUCAGAAGUUCAGAUUCCAGAUUUACACUGAUGACAAGAGGAUUAAACAAGUGGUUCAUCAUGCAACAAGAUUCAAUGAAGCAAUCACAGCAGUAAGAGGAGUUCCAAUUGCUAGAGCUCAUAUAACUUAUGGAGGUUACUACGAAGGCAUUUGAACCAAAAGUUGAGGUCACCUGUUAUGUUUGUGGUUAAGGAUCUGAUAUUAUAUUAAGUGUCUUCUUCUUCAAAGUUUUGUACAUAAAGUAAAUAUAUGUAAUUAUAUAUGAGAUGGAUGUUUGUGUAAUAGAUUCUGAUGAAUAUGUUUGUGUAGUGGAUCCUGAUGAAUCUCUCUAUGUAUUGGAGAUUCCUUAUGAAGACGUUGAUGUAUUGUUAGCACUAACUAAUAUUUUGUAUUUGUGGGUUUCGUCCAA